ACAGUUGAGACUGCAAGAUUUGGGAACAGAAAUGCCACCACGGUUGGACCUGAGGUUGACUUUACUCGUCAUAUUUACAGUCUCUGCAUCUCUGCCAAGCCCACAGAAUUUAGAAAUGACUGCCGUGGAUCGGAACUACAUGCUGCAGUGGGACUGGAACUACACCCACCCUGGGAACUUUGUUACCUUCACUGCUGAAUUCACCUUUUGGAACGAUCAAUACAAUGAGAUAUCAUAUAGUCGAGCAUGUGAGGGCUUGAGGAAAAGGCAGUGCAAUUUCACCUCCUUUAAUCUGCCUUUUUCGGGCUCAUUUCUGAUAAGGGCACGAGCAAAAACUGAACAACAGCAAUCCAACUGGACGAAGAUUAGGUUUACACCCGAUGAGGAAAGCAAGCUAUCACCACCCAGCAGAGUGGAUGUAAAGGCAGACGUAGGUGUAUUAACACUUACCAUAUCCGAGUCGGUCAUGAGCAGUGUGAUGAAUCUGCAGUACAGUGUGCUAUACUGGGAGAGUUCAACUCCCACACAGAAACACGAGAAGGUGUUUGAAAGCACAUACGCUCCACUGACCUCACUGAAGCACAGGACUGAAUACUGUGUUCAAGUCAACAUCUUCAGUCUCGAACAUAGGAAGAACAGCAGCUACACCUCUCCACAAUGUGUGCGCACCACAGGUCGACCUUUAGUGUGGCUGGGAAUUCUUGGUGUGCUGUGCGGUAUUCCUUUACUAGCUGUUUUAAUUUACAUGUUCAGCAAGCUCAGAAGAUGGUUUACUUCAUAUACAGCACCUGACAGCAUCCAAGAUUUUCCCAUUUUUGUUCCAUUACUCCUAGAAGCCCAAGAUGAAAGUUGCACCGUACCACUUGUGAUCACCCCCAAGAUAGAGUCAGCACUUACAACAUUAGACCAGCAGGAAAUGGAAUUAUCUGCAAAACUUGAGGAUUCAGAGUCUGUUUGCCACUGGACCAACAAUUCAGACCAAGACUCAGGAAUCAGUUCUUUACAGGAGGGCUGACAAGUAUGUAGGAUAUUUUAUUGGUCAUUAGAUCUCCUGAAUGGAAUGGAAAUCAGGAGAGACAUGGAAAACAGGAACCCCUGGGUGAUCAGAGAUCUCCUACCACCAAAGCACUGGAAAACACAUAUGAACACACAUAGAAAGUGUUUAAGAAUGGGUGGAUGUGGGAAUUAUUAUUACUGGGUUCAUGUUGCUGUAUGGCUACCAGCUAUGCCACUGUGCUGCCACUGAGAAUACAACAACCUAUAACAUAUUUGUGCUUCAGCAUGUGACCAGAUACCAGUGACAUUUCAAAAAAUUACACUGCUAAUGUAAUGCUGUACAAGUGUUGAUAUCACAGAAAUAGAUUAAUUUCUGAAGUGGCAUGUUCUGUACAUAUGGUGUAUAUAUGCAACAGUUAUACACCCAGGACCACGCUAAACUUCCUGUAUUCUUCCACCACGUCUGCUAGUGCUUAUCCAGACAGUAGGACCCUCUAUUGCAGUGGCUAGAAGGUAAAUACAGCCAACGUCUGUUGAGCACACUACCAGUCUGAUGGCAUGAGUGGACUGUUGCAUUAGUACAUUAGUGUGCUAAUGCUUUAAACUUACACGUGAUGAUUUGCAUUUGAGAAUCUCACUUUACACAGGCAUUGCAUAAAACCGGUAGUGUAUGAUAUUUAUGUUUUGCAAUGAUAAUGAGCUAUUUGUGCAACAGGUAUUCUAAAACCAAAAAGACAGACAAGUCACAUACACAAAUCAAAAACAUAGUCAGGAGUUACAAUACAAAGUAAAAAAAAACGAAACUUUCUGUAUC